AUGACCAGUGUUGAGGAGCUGUUCAAAAAAUCCGGCUUGCCCAGCAAACGCAAGCUGGAACCGCUGCGUGACCCAAAUCAAGUUUAUAAAUCCGCCAAGCUCUCCAAUGGCUCCUCCCGACACGCCCAAGUAGACGAUGCCACUGACGACCACGACGACCUCGAAGCCGGACCCGCGCCGCCCCCCGAUGGCGAAGACGACGACGGCGACUACGGCCCGUCGAUGCCGCCUGGAGACGAAGACGAGCCCGAAGACGAGGAGGGUCGCUUCUUCGGCGGCGGCGUAACCGCCCAGGAGUCUCGCGCGCUCGACUACAUCAACGCGACCGACGCUGGCGACGACGCCUCCCUCCUGGCCGAGGAGAAGAUCGACCUUGCGUGGCUGAAGAAGACGGCCCUCAAGUUCGAGCAGCGCAUCAACAAAAACGCCACCCAGCGCGCAAAGUAUGAGUCCGACCCGGCCAAAUUCAUCCAGAGCGAGGCGGACCUCGACGCCGACAUUAAGGCCUUGAGCAUCCUCGGCGAGCACCCGGAGCUGUACCCACAGCUGGUUGAGCUGGGCACGGUCGGGAGCCUAGUGGGCCUACUGGCCCAUGAGAACACGGACAUCGCCAUCGGGGCCAUUGAGAUCAUCGGCGAGUUGACGGACGAGGACGUCGCCGCCGAGGAGGAGCAGUGGGACGCCCUGGUCGGCGCCCUGCUCGAGUCGGAUCUCGUGGGCCUGCUGGUGAGCAACUUGCAGCGGCUGAAUGAGGAUUGCGACGAUGAGGCGGACCGGGACGGUGUCUACAAGGCACUUGGUGUCGUGGAGAAUCUGUGCUCCAAUGUUGCCACGGCCGAGAAGAUCGGGGCAGAAGAGGGCCUCAUAAGAUGGCUGCUGCAGCGGAUCCAGAAAAAGGAGCGGCCCAUCACGCAGAACAAGCAAUACGCGGCCGAGGUCCUGGCCAUUCUAGUGCAGAGCUCGCCUGCAAAUAGGAGGAAACUGGCAUCUAUGGAUGCGGUCGAUGUCAUGCUGCAGCUGGUUGCUUCGUACCGGAAGCUGGACCCAGAGAAGGGCGAGGAGGAGGAGUACAUGGAAAAUCUAUUCGAAGCGCUUACAAGCAUUGUGGACGAGCCCGAAGGGAAGAGGAAAUACGUCGAAGCUGAAGGUAUCGAGUUAUGUCUGAUCAUGCUGAAGGAAGGCAAGCGCAGCAAACCUGCUGCGCUGCGCAUGAUCGACCACGCGGUGGGCGGCGUGUCUGCAGCGGAAGUGUGUCAGAAGUUGGUGGACGCGGGCGGGCUAAAGACGAUUUUCACCAUGUUCAUGAAGAAGCAUCCGGAUAACCAGACAACCGAGCAUCUGGUCGGCAUCUUCUCGUGGAUGCUGCGCCUGCUCCCAGCCAACUCUUCGGAGCGGAUCCGACUCUUGGCCAAGUUCGUGGAGAAGGAUUAUGAGAAGGCCGACAAGCUGAUCAAGCUCCGACGGGACUUUGCAGCGCGGCUGCGGCUGAUCGACGAGCAAAUGGACAAGGAGAAACAGCGGUCUUCAGAAGAGAAUGCGGACCUGGAAGAUGAGCGCUUCCUGCGGCGGCUUGAUGCGGGCCUCUUCACACUGCAGACGAUCGAUGUUGUUCUGGCUUGGUUGAUUGCCGAGGACGACGGCGCACGAAAGAAGAUCAUGGCUUGGCUCGCGGAUCGAGAUGAGACGUUCGAGGUCAUCAAGACCUCGCUGCAGGAGCGGCUUGCUGCCAUUGACGACAAGGAGUCUCAGGAUGGUAAGGACAGCGCCGAGAUGCUGACGACGCUGAUGGAGUUUUUGUGA